AUGAACGACCUCCUCCCCACAGACAACAUCCAAGCCCUGGCCUCCUACGCAGACCGGCACGAGCUCUUCGACCUGUUCGAAGGCAUCAUCGGGCGCAUGGUGAUCGACAAACCGGACGAUGCCAUACAGUUUAUGAUUGAGCAGUUGCAGAAGAGUCCUACACAUGGGAUUGUGAUUUUGGGACCGCCUACUUCGGGGCAGGGGAGAAUUGCCGAACAACUAGCCCUCACCCUCGACCUAGUCCAAAUCUCCGCCGGCCGUCUCCUCGCCACCGCCAUCGAACGCCAAACCUCUCUCGGCACGCAAGCCCGGCCCUACCUCGAACGCGGCGAAUACGUCCCGGACGCCGUCAUGCUCGGCCUCGUCAUGUCCCGCCUCCAAGACCCCGAGGUCGCCCUGCGCGGGUUUGUCCUCGAAGGCUUCCCGCGAACAAAAGAUCAGGCUAAAGGGCUGAUCUCCCGUGGCGUGUUGCCCACAAGGAUUAUUGUUUUUGAGAUACCUGAGGAAGUUAUUGUGGAACGGCAGACGGGGACCAGGAUCGACCCGUUGACGAAUCGGUUGUAUCAUCUCCGCACCAACCCCCCGCCGGAUAACCCCACCCUCCUCGCCCGCCUGAUCCAACGACAAACCGACAAACCCGACGCAAUCCGGAAACGACUCGCGCAGUACCGGCGACACCUCCGGGGUGUCACUGAGGCGUUUGAUAGGAGUAUUGUGCGGACGGUGGAGUUGGGGGAGGGGAUUAGUGAGAAGGGGGAUGAGGCGUUGGGGGCGUGUGUGAGGGAGGUGGAGAGCGGGAAGGUGACGAGGGCGCCGAGGAUGGUUAGGUGUGUGGUAGCGGGGUUGCCUGGGUGUGGGAAGACGGUGGUGGCCGAGAUGAUGGGGAGGGAGUUUGGGGUUGUUGUUGUUUCCCCACGCACAGUCCUCCUCGAACUCCUCUCCCUCUCCACCCCCAAAAGCAGCCAAUACGCCCAAUACAUCAACGACCCCGAUUCCGUCCCAGACGACCUAAUCCUCCCCCUCAUCCUCGACCGCCUACAAAAACGCCACUGCAUCGACCGCGGAUGGGUCCUGGACGGGUUCCCGCGGACGAAAGUGCAGGCGGAUGCGCUGAAAGAUGCGGGGAUUGUACCUAACCGGAUCCUCUUCCUCCACGCCACACCCGCCACCUGCCUCCACCGCCUCCUCCACUCCCCAGCUUCCCCCUCAACAAACCCCCAAUCUCGCAUCGACGCCGCAGCAUCCCUACACAGCGAUAUCCUCUCCAUCUACGCGCCCGGCCGGGCGAAAGGGGGGAAGGGCCGCACGCCGGCGGGGGUGAAGCCGGGGGAGACGGUUGGGGUUGUGCAGGAUAUUGAUGCUGAUGAUGGUGGAGAGGGAGGGGAAGGGAUAGAGAGAGUUUUUGAGAGGGUUAGGGGGGCGAUGGUCCGGAGUAAUAAGGGGGCGUUGUGAGUGGGUGAGGGGGUUUUUGGGACGGUUUUUGUAUGGGGGGUUGGAAUUGCAUGCAUUCAGUUUCCAAGUGAGACCUAUUCCAGCCGAAGUUGGGAUGUUACGCGGUCACUUUCCGAUUAUCAAGUCCGCAUCACAACUGAACACCAUCAAUACACUAAGAAAAUGAAAUUUUCCAGUUCCCUACGAUGAGAGUCGAAGAAAAGAAAAGAAUAAACAGCGGGAGGGAGGGUGUCACAGAAGAAAAGGGGUUUAGGGUUAUCUCCUGUUCAUAGGGGGUGGUGAAAGUGUGUGGAAAUGUUUGUUUUGGCUGACUUGGAUGCUCAUUUAGUGGUUCCCUUUGGCCACAUCCCGCUCUCUACAAACUCCGUCACGACGUCCCUGAGGUUGGCUUCUGUCAUGUUCGGGACCUUGUAUUCGAAGCCGAGGGUUUUUUCGAUCUGUGUAGGUUGAAGUGAAUUCCGGAAAACUUGUCAGCC